GCAGGGCUCCAAGGCUCAGCCUGCGGACUGCUCCCCGACUCGCUCGGAAUGCCCUUCCCGGCUCCCGGGCAACGCCCUGUGACGUCACCGCGAGGCGCCGAGAGCGGGCGACUGUGAGUCAGUAAACCUUAGUGACAGCUCGAGACAAUGCCCUCACGUUCCCAGCUUCUGGGAGGGUGUCAGGUUUUGUGGUGUUAGCUGUAAGAGGGGAAGGGCGUGGGACGUUUCUGACCUGACACUAUGGAGGAAGGAAGAGGCGCCAACUUCGACGGUGUGAGCACCGACCGCCUUGAAAAGGAGUUACUGGAAGAAAUCCAUCAGAAGGAUAUAGUGCAACUAUCAAUGCUUGAAAUAAUACACAAGAUAGAGGAACUGGAAGCCAAACUCAAUACUGAUGACAAAGGUGGUGAAUGGAAAGUUCGUUAUGAGACACAACUUGAACUGAAUGAUCAAUUAGAAAAGCAAAUUGUUUCUCUAGAAGAGAAAAUGAAAAAAAUUUGUGGAAAUCCUUGAGAUAGAUUGUCUUUUAUCCGUGUCUAUGAAAAAAUGCCAGUGGAAUCCUUAAAUAUAUUACUUAAACAGCUAGAAAAAGAGAAAAGGAGGCUUAAAAAUCAAGUGAAAGACUAUGCACUGAGACUGGAACAAGAAUCAAAGGCUUACCACAAGACCAACAAUGAGUGCCAUACCUAUCUAGCUGAAAUGUCUCAGGUCUCUGACUCAUACCAUGUUUCUAAAAGGCAACAGAUGGAUCAACUGCCUAGAAUGAAAGAGAAUUCAGUGAAAAUGGUAAGAUAUAAUCCAGUUAAUCAGAAGACAAUGAGUGCCAAGAGAGGACCAGGAAAAAAGAUUACAAGAUCAAACCAUCUUCCAAAACUCGAUCCAUAACUCUAGAACUGGAAUUCUAUUUCUUCCUUUUUCUCAUCCAUAAUAUUCAACUUAUGAAGUUAAUGUUCAACACAUUUUUCAGGGAAUGAAAUAGACAAGAAAGAGCUAUCAAACUUCUCUUUAGCUCCUCUUACAAAAGUUUUUUUCCUUUGUCUGUAUUAAAGUAAUUUUCUUAAGUGAUCUAAUAUAAGUGAUCUAAAAUACCUAAUAGUGUUGCUUUUGAUUUUAAAAAUAUCCUGAAAGUUGGCAUUAUUACACUUGCCUUUAAUAAUAUAUCCAUGAUCUGUGCUGGUAGUAAUUGGUUUCUAGUUGGUUGUUAGCUAAAAAUGUAAGCUCAUCAAAACAUUUAGUUCUUAUAGGCUAUAUCAUAUUCAGAUCUUUUAAACUUAUGGUUUAGCAACAGAUGUUGGUGAGGAUAUGGAGGAAAGGGAACCCUCUUACACUGGUAGUGGGAGUGCAAACUGGUGUAGCUGCUCUGGAAAACAGUGUGGAGGUUCCUCAAAAAAUUAGAAACAGAAUUACCCUAUGACCCAGCAGUAGCACUCCUAGAAAUUUAUCCAAAGGAUAUAGGAGUGCUGAUUUGUAGGGACACAUGUACUCCAAUGUUUAUAGCAGCACUAUCAACAAUAGCCAAAUUAUGGGAAGACCCAAAUGUCCAUCAAUUGAUGAAUGGAUAAAGAAGAUGUGGUGCAUAGAUACAGAUACAGAUAUAGAUAUAGAUA